AUGAAUUCGUUCGCGGUGGCAGCAACCCUUAUCGGUUGUAUUGGAUUGCUCGUCUAUAUCUACGUUAAUCGAAAAUACAAAUAUUUUGCACAACGAAACAUACCGUUCGUAAAGCCCGUAUUUUUUCUCGGCAACGGUGGACCCAUCCUCCUGAAAAAACGUGAUCUGUUCGAAAAUUUAAAGGACAUCUAUAAUGCCCACCCAAAGUCAAAGGUGGUCGGUAUGUUCGAGUUUCUGCAGCCCGUGCUGAUGAUUCGCGAUCCGGACCUGAUCAAGCUGGUAGCGGUGAAGGAUUUCGACCACUUCGCUGAUCGUAUGCCGAUUUUUACCGGUCCGGAUGUGAAGGACCCUGGUGGCGAUAGCAUCUUGCCGAACGUUCUGAUUGCAUUGCGCGGUCAAAAGUGGCGUCACAUGCGAGCGACCCUAAGUCCGGCCUAUACCGGUAGCAAGAUGAGGCAAAUGUUCCCGAUGGUGUUCGGCUGUGCCGAGUCGGCCGUUCGUUGCAUGAUGGAUGAGACGAAAGCUGGCGUGAGGGUUGAUUACGAUAUGAAGGAGGUGUUUGCUCGGUUUAGUAAUGAUGUGAUUGCUUCCGUGGCUUUCGGAGUGCAGGUUGAUUCUUUUCGCGAACCGGAGAAUGAGUUUUUCGUGAAAGGGAAAGGGCUGCUGGAUUUUGGGAAGCUUACGACAAUUGCUAAGGCGUUGUUGUUUCGUUUUUCUCCGGAAACGGCGAGGCGGUUGAAGGUUGAGAUUUUUAAUACGGAAUUGUUGGAGGCCUUUAAAAAGAUGAUAACUGAUAACAUGAAUCAACGGGAAGCGCAAGGCAUUGUUCGUAACGAUAUGAUUCAUAUGCUGAUGCAAGCUCGAAAGGCAACUGAACAGCAGUGGACUGACGAAGUGGACGUAAAGGAUGCUGGCUUUGCAACCGUCGAAGAGUCUUCGGUUGGUAAAAAAGCGCACAGUCGAUUGUGGACCGAUAACGAAUUGAUAGCACAGUGUUUUCUGUUCUUCAUCGGAGCCUUCGAAACCAUCGGUAAUGCGUUGAUGUUUCUAAGUUAUGAACUUGCGUUGCAUCCAGCAAUACAGCAGAGACUGUAUGAAGAAAUUGUUUCUACCGAGGAGUCACUAAACGGAAAGCCACUAUCCUAUGAGGUGCUACAGAAAAUGCAAUACUUGGAUAUGGUCGUUUCCGAAUCGCUUCGCCUAUGGGCACCGAAUCCAUUUGUCGACAGAUAUUGCGAGAAAGACUACGUGUAUGACGACGGUCAGGGUGGAAGAGCUACAAUUGAAAAGGGCGUACUCGUUUGGUUUCCGAUCAUUGCUUUACAUCACGAUCCUCAGUAUUAUCCGGAUCCGUACAAAUUCGAUCCGGAACGUUUCAGUGAGGCAAACCGAUCGAAAAUCAACCCAGCCGCUUAUCUACCCUUCGGAGUGGGACCAAGAAAUUGCAUGGGCUCACGGCUUGCCUUGCUGAUGAUGAAAUCGAUGGUGUUUUAUCUUAUGAAACAUUGCGCUUUUGAACCAUCCGAGAAGUGUGGAAUUCCACUGAAGCUAGUAAAGACAAUAAUCGGACCAGUAGUGGAAGGCGGUGUAUGGCUUUCGCUGAAACCCAGGAAUUAA